AUUUAUUUCUCAUCGUCACUUUGCAACAGUUUUGUGCGGCAUUUUGCAUUUUCUGAAUAGGUGUUCUAGAAGAGAGGUGGAAAAGCAAGAAGAAAGAAUUACAAAUUGCGCUUCUUCGUGAAUAAAAAACGGUUGCGGCGUAACGACUGUACCCAUUAUAUGUGCAGUGAAAGUUCUUAAAAAACGGAAAAAGUCUUAAAUUAAUUAAACCAACUAAUUAUCGACAUGUCCAGUCUGCCGAGCAAAAAAGCUAAAUUGUCUAAUGAUGGUGAUGGCAACGCGACGACUGCAAACGCACCUAAUGAGGAAGAGUCUGAGGCUUUGGAAUUAAUUGAUGCAUGUCAAAAUGAGAUUGACGCACUUAAUGAGAAGGCUAGCGAGGAAAUACUCAAAGUGGAGCAGAAAUACAAUAAAUUAAGGAAGCCAUGCUAUGAGAAACGUAGUGAGUUAGUGAAACGAAUUCCGAACUUCUGGGUGACAGCGUUUAUUAACCAUCCACAAGUGUCUGCCAUUUUGGAUGAAGAAGAGGAGGAAUGUCUACACGCUCUUACCAAGUUAGAAGUAGAAGAAUUUGAAGACAUAAAAUCGGGGUACCGUAUCCAUUUUUAUUUCGACGAAAAUCCUUAUUUUGAAAAUAAGGUGCUUACUAAAGAGUUUCACUUAGGAUCGGGAAACGCGGAAAACAGUGAUUGUCCAUCGUCGACGAGCACUCCCAUUCAAUGGAAGGAUGGUAAAGAUCUUAUAAGAUCAUGUAUGACAAAACCGUAUCAACAAAAUAAGCGGAAACGACCUGCGGACUACAAGACAUUUUUCGAUUGGUUCUCAGACAACACUGAUCCUGUUAAUGAUGAGAUAGCUGAAUUAAUCAAAGAUGAUCUCUGGCCGAAUCCUCUUCAGUAUUAUUUAGUACCUGAUAUUGAGGUUGAACCAGAAGAUGAUGAAGAUGAUAAUGAGGAUAAUGAAGAAGAAUUAUUUGAUGAUGAAGAUGCAGAAGGCGAGGAAGAUGAUGAAGAAGAUGAAAAGUAAAUGCGGUGUUAUUUUUUAAUUGGUCUUCUAUAAAAUACCGCAAAGAUAAAUUUCUUUAACAUUAAGAAACGUAAUUGAAAGUGUCCACCAACAGAAUAAUAAUUUUAUAUAUCCAAAACUUUUCUCAAUUUGACUUCAACGAAUAUAACUUUUUGACAUUUACUAAAUUAAAUUAAUUAUGGGAAAUGUUAAUAAUUUGUUGUUACGCUUCCCCUUCUGUUGGAGUAUAAAAGUUUGUCACAUUAUGCAGCUUUUCACAAGACGAUAACUUCAUAUGUGUAUGAAGUUUAAUUAUCGACGUGUUAAUUUCUAUGCAUAAAUACAAGGAAUUUGAAUUCAUACUACAUAGACUGUAUGUAUUUCCCGGAAAAGAAUUAAAAAUAAAUAUUACGAGAAAACAAUUGUA